CAAAUUCUUUGGUACUACGUCAUCCUAUCUCGCACAUUGAAUUGCGUGUCUAUCCCAAAUCAAGUAAUCAUCCGCCACCUACUACCUCUCUUGCAGUUAUUACUCGUCUUCUUCGUUGGUAACCAAAACUGCAAUCUUUAUUUUUAUCUUUCUUCCACCGAAUUCCAAGUUUUCAUCUCCCAUUAAUGCUCUACUGGCUACUUUCUUUCUCUAUAUAUAGUAGGAAUUACUCUUCAUAAUUCUCUAUUCCUGUUUUACCCUUUGAGUUUACUUUUUCGCAUCAGUAUAAGAAUCAGCCAUGGCGGAAAGUUCCACUCAGCUCAAAUCAGAUGCUAUAUUCGAUCAAAUGAAACUUCAUUUUUCUACUGAUGCUGGCAAGGCACUCGUUAAGAAAAUUGGUCUUGUUUACCAAAUCAACAUCGCACCUAAGAAAAUUGGAUUCAAUGAGAAGGUGUAUGUUGUUGAUUUGAAGAAAGGAGAAACAAGGGAAGGGCCAUAUGAGGAUGGGAAGCCUGAUGCAACCUUUUCAUUUACUGAUGCUGAUUUUGUGAAGAUCGCCACCGGAAAAAUGAACCCUCAAAUUGCCUUUAUGAGGGGUGCAAUGAAGAUUAAGGGCAGCAUAAGCGCAGCGCAGAAAUUCACACCUGAUAUUUUCCCAAAGCCCUCAAAGAUGUGAACGAAUUUUCUAAAAUGUCAGUAGAAAGACUUCUUUUUAGGUUUUCUUCUCUGGAGUCACAAAAUCAGAUAAUACGAUAAGAAAAUUAAGGAGGAUUUAAAUUUAUCUGUCUGUUCUUGGGUAUAAUUCUGUGUUCCUUUAUGAUGUAGUAGUGAAAUUCUGGGCUUAUAUUAAAGGAACUGAAAUAUAAAUGCUCACAUUUUACGCCGUAUAA